UUCCCCUGUCUGCAGGAGCUCCGGGGGCGAGGACCGGGGGCUGCGGGAGGAGCGCGGGGCUGCUCGCUCUCCGAGUGUCGGGGUGGACGGGGGCCGGUGGCUCUGGGGCCCGGGGAGAGCACAGGGCGCAUGGGCCCCUGGUGCCGGGCUGGGCGCGGGGACGCUGGCGCUGAGUGAAGGGGCGGUGAGUCCCACGUGCAGCCUCGCGCCAUGUGGGAACCCAGGCGCACGCUCCAAGCGUCUGUCACCUUCGGUCUCCGCGCGGGCCUGUGGAGAAGCCCCCGGUGCGCUUCUGGUCUCCAGCCAAGCCACUGUCGUUUCCUGCGCCUGGAGUCUGUAAUUGUGAGCAACUUCCCCUUGGAACACUUCCUGGCGCGGCUGGAGCCCAGCGCUGGAGACUGUCCAGAACAGUGGGUCGCUCUACACGUCUCCGGGAGGAAAGCUAUCCCCCGGGUCCUAUCCGAAACACUUGUCCUGAGUGUCCAGGUGCCCGCCAGGCACACACGUGUGUUCGUGGGGUUCCUCGCCACGUGGGGAUCCCCGGCCGCAGGUCUCAGAUUACAGGCUGGAAUCGGGGGCCAGCUCGGAACUCCGGAAUGCAUGCAGAAGCAGCCGUCUCCCAGGCUGCCCACAGUGCCGGAGCCGGAGUCCUCGGAGCUCCCUGCUGGGGGCCCAGCCUCGCUAGGGGAGAACCUUGCUCCGCGUCCGCCUUUCCUCUGCACCCCCAUCCCAGGCCCCAGUACAGGUGGCCUUUCCUCCCGGGGGCCCUGCUGCUCCCGGGAUGGGGCCAAGCAGCUCCCCGUGACCCUGCGGUCCAGCCAUGGGCCCAUGAGCUGGCAGCCCUCCACUCGUUUUGGAAGCUUUGGGCAGCGCGUCCGGUGGUGCGGAGCCAAGUGUGGGAGACUGUGGGAGGGACGCACCUUCCAAAGUGGACACCGCCUGGUGUGGCGGGUGUCCCUGUAGUUCGGAUCAGUGCCACUGCUCACGGCCCUGGGUGGUGGCCCCGCAGCGGCCGCAGUGCCGGCUCCUUGAGGCCUGGCCCUUCUCUCUUCAGUGAGGCCUGUAGCGGCGUUUCCGCCUGUGACGGGUGACAGAGGUCAGCGCUGCCUCGCGGCCCCCUCCCCGCAGUUCUGCCCUGGGUGCCCCUGCAGGGGCCCCCUCACCGCGGGGAGCCAGGGGUGCUGGUGAAGGGCAGGCCCAGGACUGUGCCCCCCACAAGAAGUUGGAGGAGGGCCUUAUGUGGGUGGAAGGGACAGAUUUUAAAGCAACGCUCAGGACAAACGUCAAGCAGGAAUGAAAGUGGCCAUUUCCGAAGGGAGCCCCGUGGGUCUGGUGCCUUCUGUGCUUCCUGGCAUCCUCACUGCUGUGGCUGCUCCCCCGGCACGGGGCAGGGGGAGGCUGGCUCCAGGGGUCACUGGGCCGCCACGGGGCGGCAGAGGUUUCCUAGGAUAGGCAGCUGCCUUUGUCCGGGGUGGCAUCUUCACUCACGUCCUUGGAGAGCGGGUCCCUGGCGCCCGGGCUGAGUGAGAAGCACAGAGGUAGUUUGAGUCCCUCUUUCUGGCGCGUGUGAUGGCCCUUCCCAGCCCCGGUGAGAAGCCUGCCUGCCUUCAGCCACCCCUGCUGGGUGGCAGGCCUGAGGCUCAGGGGCUCCUUGAGCAGAUGUUUGUGGAGACAGCGGGUAGAAGGCUCCCCGUGCAGCCUGGGAGACGCGCCAGCCAAUGGGCUGCAGCCCAGAGGCGAGACCGUGUGCACGUGAGCCCAAGGUGAGCCCUUGGCCCUUUGCUUCCUGUGAUCCAAGAGCAGAGGAGGCCUGGGUUUCUCCCUGCUGGCUGGGGGAGGCCCCUCCUUUCUUCCAGCUGUCCUGUAACUCAGGAGGAAGGUGAGGGACUCCAGCACUGAGCACAGUGUCCCCAGAUUGUAGGGGUGGGGCUGGGAGGAAGGGGGCGCAGCUCGUGGGACACUCCCUGAGACUCCAUGUAAACCCCGUCCUUCAGCCCUGCUCCCCGGGUGUCAGCAGACACUGCCCCCUACCCCUAACCCCCCCACCCCACCCCUAAACCUCCCCCCCCCCCACAGCUCCCUGGCCAUUGCAGGGUGUGGACCCUUGCAUGUCCUUGCUUCUGGGGGUGGCGGUGGUCUACCACAGUGUUGUGACCCUGGAGGACUCCUGGGACCCUCAGGGCUGGGCGCCGGGGCCCAGGGGCCCAUCUGCGUGUUGGUGGAGGCGGGAUUGUGGUGUUGGCCUGAAAUGCUGGAGGCGGAACUCUUAUCGGUGACCAGCUGGGAAUCCCGAGGCAGCAGCUCCCUGCGUGCUCGGUCACCUGUUUGGGCGUGUCUGGGGGCCGUGUCAGGGUGCAGAGUCCUGGAGUGUGUCUGAGACCUUCAGACACACUUGUGACAAGCUCUCACUGCAGUCUCAGAAGCACCGCCUUGGGGUUUCAGAAGCCAUGGGAGUCCAGGAAGUAGAAAGAAGAAGCUGGUGAGCUUGCGGGGUUCUGGUAUCUGAGACUUCCGCCCCGGGAUUCGGGGACGCCAGCCACCCUGUGGGAGCCGCAGCCCUGGAGCCCCCAGAAGUGGUGACAGUGCGGCCUGGCUGGGCCGGGCUCCUGGAUCCUCACAAGCUCCAGGUACAGAGUCCCCUUCAGUCUCCUGCAGGGCCGUCGGGGACCUGGGCAGCAUGGCCCUCUCCGGCCCGGAGGUGGAGAAGCAGGUGCCGGCGGAGCCCAGGCCGGGCCGCAAGCUGCAGUCCUGGUGGAGCCUGGUGUUCUGCCUCUGUUUCUACGGCUUCAUGGCCCAGAUGCGACCCGGGGAGAGCUUCAUCACACCUUACCUCCUGGGCCCCGACAAGAACUUCACGCAGAAGCAGGUCACCAACGAGAUCACGCCCGUGCUGUCCUACUCCUACCUGGCAGUGCUGGUGCCCAUCUUCCUGCUGACCGACUACCUGCGCUACAAGCCGGUGCUUGUGCUGCAGGGCCUGAGCUACGUGUCCGUGUGGCUUCUGCUGCUCUUCGGCUCGUCCGUGCUGCACAUGCAGUUCAUGGAGUUCUUCUUCAGUAUCACCAUGGCGGCCCGCAUUGCCUACUCCUCCUACAUCUUCUCGCUGGUGCCCCCCGCCUGCUACCAGCGCAUGGCCGGCUACUCGCGGGCCUCCGUUCUGCUGGGCGUCUUCACCAGCUCCGUGCUGGGCCAGCUGCUGGUCACGAUGGGCAGGGUCUCCUUCUCCACGCUCAACUACAUCUCGCUGGCUUUCCUCACCUUCAGUCUGGUCCUCACGUUCUUCCUGAAGCGCCCCGAGCGCAGCCUCUUCUUCAACCGCGGAGCGCCCGCGAGUGCCGGGGCCUCGCCCUCCGAGCUGGACCGGAUGAACCUGGGCCAAGGGCAGCCCACGGGUGGGAAGCUGGGCCGGCUGCCGGCCUCCUGGCGGGACUCGGUGCUCGCGCACAUGCUCCGCGAGCUGCGUCGCACCGCGCGGCUGCCGCAGCUGCGCCUCUGGUCCCUCUGGUGGGUCUUCAACUCCGCCGGCUACUACCUGAUCGUCUACUACGUGCACAUCCUGUGGAACGUGGUCAACCCCACCACGGACACCACGAGGGUCUACAACGGCGGGGCGGACGCCGCCUCCACUCUGCUCGGUGCCAUCACCUCCUUCGCCGCCGGCUUCGUGAAGAUCCGGUGGGCGCUGUGGGCUGAGCUGAUCAUCGCGGUGGUGACGGUGCUGCAGGCCGGGCUGGUCUUCCUCAUGUACAGGACCAGCAGCAUCUGGCUGUGCUACUCGGCCUUCGUGCUCUUCCGUGGCUCCUACCAGUUCCUGGUGCCCAUCGCCACUUUUCAGAUCGCGUCUUCUCUUUCUCAAGAGCUCCGCGCCCUUGUCUUCGGAGUCAACACGUUCCUCGCCACUGUCCUCAAGACCAUCAUCACCCUCGUUGUCUCCGACAAGCGGGGCCUGGGCCUCCCGGUCCACUCUCAGUUCCUCGUCUACUUUGUGUACUUCCUGGUGCUGUUUGUCGCCUAUGUCCUUGCGGCCUUGCUGACGGGCCUGCGCCACUUCCGACAGGGCCGCCGCCAGCCCCCGCCGCCGGCCCAGGAGCUGAUGAGUCCGAUGCGGGAGCCGGCCGCGCAGGACGGGCCCGCCCCAGAGGACGGCGUGCGAGCCGUGGGGGAGCAGAGGCAGCAGCCCGAGGCCAAGGCCUGACCCCGCCCGACCUGCUCUCCUGGCCGGUGGGCGGCCAGGUUCCUGACACCAGCCGCAGCGGGCCUGGGCCUUGACCUCAGAGCUGACACGUUCCCAGCAGCUGCCUGUCUUCUGGGUGUCGGCAGCCAGGUUUCCGGCAUCGUCCACAUCGUCAGAUGGUGGCACUGGUGACUGACGGGCCCCCGGUGCCCUGUCCCUGAGACCCAAGCCUCGGGGGCCUCCAGCCUCCACAAGGGGUCCUCGGCUCACCCCGAGCGGGGCACUCCUCAGCCCUGCUUCCCGCCCUGGCCGUGACCCGCGGCCUGCCGGGGAUGCCCCCCGGCCAUUGGGGGCUGCUCUGCUGUCCCUGCCUACACGUGGCCGGUGCAGGGGGCCCACGUGCACGCCAGACCUCCCUGCUUUCACCGCCUUGUCCCGGAGAAAUGGCAAGGUGGUCCCAGACGCAAGCCCAGGGGACCGGUGCCCACGGGGUGACCCGGGCCCUGGGGUGGGGCCGUGUUCCUGAGCCUGCGGCUGGACUGUGACGUCUGCAGGUGUCCAGGUACUUUCGU